CAAACUUCUCGGUCAGGCCCACUACAGUUUCCCUUUAAAGCGGCAGCGGCGCCGGCGCCGGCCCAAAGCGAAGAACAUGGCAUCCCUCCCUAAGCGACGGAAGCUCGAUGGGGAAAAAAGGAAUGUUCCCUCGGUGACUGUAAACUAUAGCACUUCAGCGUCCUCAAUUUCUUCCAGUGAACCAGCCACAGCACUCCAAUUGGAGGUCAAAAUUCAGAUUCAGCAGGCCAAGAAAUUUGCAGUCUCGCAGGCUCAACAAGAAGGAUGUUUGGGGAAUUAUAGAAGUUUUGAUUCGCCAUUUGGAAACUAUAUAGUUCCUGUAAUCCCAACUCGUGCUGAUUUAUUUGGCUAGUUGCUUACUGGUUAUGUCAUUAACAAAUACGGUUUGAUGACGAGGACUAUUUCUUCAUCGUUCAUUUUUUAAAACUAUAUUCCUACAAUUUUUGUUUAUUUGUUGCUAUUCAUCUAUUGUAAUAUCUUUUGAGAUGUUA